CGUGCUUCCCGGGGCCGGAAAACUUUCUUCUCCGUCAGCUCUUCCCUCCGCGCCGCCACCGCGCAGUGCACCGCGGCGCUGUGAAGCGCUGCCUACGCGGGAGCACUAAGGUUGCCUGGGCAAUCUGAAGUGAGAGCAAGCCGUCGUUAAAGAGGUGAGGUUUGUGGAAGGGGAAUCUCCAAGCUGAAAGCUGUUCGAGUUCCUCAGUGCUUGUCUCUGGGAUGUGCUGAUUCCCUGUGCAUAUCCCAGCUGGAGCAAUGACUCUGGGUUUGCCUUUGUUCUGCUGCAGCUUUCAAGGCAACAGGAGAGAGACAACAUUUGAACAAUAGCAUUCUGGCAACGACUUCCACUUUUCUUCCAGCAAGAAACCUGUUUCAGGGGUGUGGGUUUUGAAGGUCACCGAGGCACUUCUGCAGAGGAGUCCUUGCCCCAUGCUGCUAAAUGUCAUGCAUAUGAGAAGGCUGCAGUGGGGUUUUUUGUUCCUCCUCACCUUUUCUGUCCUGACUCUCUGGUAUGUCAUGUUUCCUUCCGAUGCUGGGCCUGAGCAGACAAACCUGAUGUAUUUCUACGACUAUGAACCGCUGCACAAGCAGCGCUACCUCUUCACGCUGCGGGAGCGCCCCAGGUGCAAAGACACUGAUCCCUUCCUAGUCAUCCUAGUCUCCUCUAGUCCUUGGGAUGUGAAGUCGAGGCAGGCCAUCAGGAUAACGUGGGGGUCUCAGGGCUUCUGGUGGGGACAGCGAAUCCUAACUCUCUUCUUACUAGGUGAGGACACCGAAAGGGUGGGCAGCACCGCAGCGCUGUCGGUGGAAGACGAAAGCAUCCUGUAUGGCGACAUCAUCCGCCAGGACUUUCUGGACACUUAUGACAACCUCACCUUGAAAACCAUCAUGGCCUUCCAGUGGGUCUCCCAGUUCUGCUCCAAUGCCAGGUUCCUCAUGAAGACCGAUGACGAUGUCUUCAUCAACACCCCCAACCUGGUGAAAUUCCUCCUGCGGCUGAACUCCUCAGAAAAUGUGUUCAGUGGCUAUCCUCUCAUCAACAACUUCGCCUACAGAGGCUUUUACAGGAGGAGAUACAUCUCCUACCGUGAGUAUCCCUUCAGGCUAUAUCCUCCCUACUGCAGCGGCAUGGGGUAUGUCCUGGAUGGCAGACUGGCUGUCAGGGUUUAUGAGCUGAUGAGUCACGUCAGGCCCAUUAAAUUUGAGGAUGUUUAUGUUGGAAUUUGCUUAAAUAUACUCAAGGUGAACAUCAGCCUUCCAGAAGAGAACCAGUUCUUUCUUUACAAAAUCAGGUUUGACAUCUGUAGGUACAGGGAGCUGAUCGCAGUACACGGCGUGACAGCAAGUGAAAUAAUCAGGUUCUGGCAGGAUUUGUCCUCACAUGCUUCAGUUAACUGCCUUUGAGUCUGUAUUUAUGUACAAACUUCAGCCUGUUUGGGGUGAAAACGUUUCAAGUCCAGGGCAACACAAAAAAACAGAGCUGUGGAGAUGGCUUCAGCUGAAGGAGAGCUAUGCUGCUGGGGCAGAGCUGCCAUGAGACCUUCUGGUGUCCUUAGAUAAAAACAUCAGGGAUUCACAAAGCAUUUUUCCAUGUCUAUAUCCUAUGCACAGAAUCUUGGGAAGACACUGUCCUGGCUUCUCUGACACUUGUCCAUGUGGACUGCUGGAGCCAUGGGAUUUCUACCUGGAUUUUCUGCGUGUCAGUGAGGAAUUAUGUUGAUACCAAGAAAGAUGCUUCCCACAUUCCUACCUGGAUUUGUUUCUUUGUUAUUAGUUGGGGUUUUUCUUAGCACCUGCAUCAUCCUUGGCCACUCUCAAGUAUUUGUUCUGUACCUGGAAUGACAAUUCCAAUGAUCUUCUAUCCAUAUGUCACCUUCUUAUGUAAACCUGUCACCUCCAUCAGCACUCUUGAGUGCUAGAGACCUGUGGAUGUUGGAGGGACUGCAGAAACUGUGGGAAGUUCUGAAUGCAAGAUGCAAUUUCCCUGUGUGGGUGUAUAUAUUUAUAUAAUACAAACCAGAAUUGCUCUGGUGGCUUUGCUCAUGUUCACAGACUGCCAGAGGGCUCCACCAGUGGUCUUAUGUGCGGUUCAGUUAUGACACAUCUCUCAUACAUCAGGAUAAUCAAAACCCAGCCAUGUGGACACAUACCUGUGCGUACUGAUGUGUCCUGAAAGUUCUCAGACCAAGCAGAGAAUCACAGGAUGCCAGCAUGGGAGGGCUGGAAGGGAUCUCUGGAGAUCAUCCAGUCCAACCUUCUGCUAAAACAGGGCACCCACAGCAGCUUGCCCAGCAGCACAAUGCCAUGGGGGGC